UCUUUUUGAUCGGAAUGUGCAAAGAUGCUUUAGACGAGAUGGACAUAAUUGGAGAAAGAAAAAGGGCAGGAAAGCAGUAAUGGAAGCUCAUCAGAAGCUCAAGGUUGGAAGCACUGUUGAUUUGAAUUGUUACUAUGCCCAUGGGCAAGAGAAUGAAAAUUUUCAAAGACGUUGUUAUUGGAUGCUUAAGGGCAUGAGUGAAAUUUCAGAAACUUGUAUCUGUUCCAUUGCUAAAGGACAACAAAAGACAUUCCCCAGCUUAUUUUCUGGUUGGACUGGACUUCUCCCACAUUGCUCUUGUCCAUUACCGCAAAGUCACGGUUAGACUUUAUGAUUUAUCCUAUCACUCUUUCCUCUUCCUUUUUCUUCUUCUUCUUUUUUAUUUUUUAUUUUUAUUUUUUUUCCUGUUAGCCAUCUUUGAUAUAAACUUAUGAAUUUUAUUUUCUAGUCCUAAGGAGAUCAUUGGCUGAUGGAGUUUACAACUUUCUAGAUUAAACUGAAAUGGAAUUUACUUUUAGUCAAUUUAAGAGCACAGUUUUGAGUCUAGGUAGACUGAUCAAUAAAGUUAGCAUAGCCAAAUGCUGUCAUGUUUCUCAUGAAACAUUGAUGUGCUACAUAAUUUGUUUAUUCUUUUUUUUAUUUAUUUUUUUUUGGGUACAUCAGAAGCUAUUGAAGCUUAAUAUCUAAGGAACAUAAUUUGUUUAUUCUUUUACGUAAUGAACUGGCACUUUACAAGUUCAUGGAUUGAUUAUGUUCAUUUUCCCUUUAUUUUUCCAUUGAUUUAUUUUUUUUUUCUUUUUGGUAAUUGAUUUUGAUUUUGAUUUUGAUUUUGGUUUCUGGUAUUGUCUGUCACUGUAAUUCAUGGCUGCAAUAUAUAUAAAUUCACGUUCUGUUUGUGGUGAAAUAUGUAGUAUAUCAUGUCACGGUGUCAUCCUCUUUCACCCUUUUUAUCUGGAAGUAUUUAUUGGAGUAUGCAGAUAUUGUAGUUAGUGAUGUAGUAUCAGGAGGUCAAUGUUUGGUCUUAAGCUCUAGUAUCCUUAACUUAAUAAAGCCUCAUGCUACUUGGGUGUGUGAGCUAAUUAUUCCUUGAUUCCAACCAGGUAUGUCCUUAACUCCCUUUUUCUUAGUCGUGGCUUUAGGUCUUUCAAUUCUUCGAACAAUGAACAUGUCCCAUUUCUGUCUCCUUACAUAUAUUUUUUUUUACUCCUUUCUUUCACUGUCAAUGCUUGUUGAGUUGUCCUUCAAGAGGACAGUUGUUUUGUUUAGGGUAAUAAAGAUGUUACAAUUUG